CGUACAGUCUGCUCGCUCGUGUCCGGGAAGGUGAUUGGAGUAUUUUCGCUCUGCCUACAUGACCCUCAACAGCAAUGGCAACGUGGCGCAGACUGCUCGCAUCCGCCUGUGCUUUCAGAGCGCGCAAUGCGCCCUGCAGGACUUUUAAAACUAGCAGCAGGAGACCAGACAAAGACUUCUUUAAUGAUCUGGAAUCGCAGUUCCGGGCGUUCCGCGAGAAAGCGGCGGCAGCGAUGCCCGGCAGUGACUGGACCCCGUAUGAAUUGACCCCCGGGCUGCCCCCAGAAAGGGCUGAUAUUGUGAUAGUGGGAGGGGGGGUGGUGGGCUGGUCCAUCGCAUACUGGCUGAAGAGGAAAGAGAAAGCAAGGGAUGCUCUGAGGGUCGUUGUGGUGGAGAAAGACCCUUCUUAUACUCAGGCUUCAACCGUGCUGUCCUGUGGUGGUAUCCGACAGCAGUUCUCUCUUAAAGAAAAUAUCCUUCUCUCUUUGGCUUCUGCUGAUUUCUUGAAGAACAUUAAUGAUCAUCUGGGAAUGUUAAAUGAAGAUCCUGUUGAUCUACAGUUUAAUCAUUCAGGAUAUCUCUUCCUUGCCAGUGACAAGUCAGCUCAUAUCAUGGAGGAGAAUUAUAGGACUCAAAGAGAAGUUGGUGCUAAGGUUGCCCUCCUGUCGCCAUCACAGCUGAAAGAGCGUUUCCCCUGGAUAAAUACAGACGGUGUUGCUCUGGCCUCUCUCGGGUUAGAAAAUGAGGGCUGGUUUGAUCCCUGGUCUCUCCUGAAUGCUCUCAGACGAAAGGUCAUGUCUAUGGGAGUCUAUCAGUGCUUUGGAGAAGUCACAGGAUUUCGAUGCUCUGCAAGCACAGCGGAAACUAUAGACGGAGACAUUUUUAAUGUCAAACGUAUCAAAAACGUUAAUGUACAAAUGCCCAACAGUUUGGAGUAUCAGCCGGUGGAGUGUGCAGUUGUGGUAAACGCGGCAGGUGCAAACUCAGGAAAGAUCGCAGAGAUGCUUGGCGUCGGUCUCGGCCCGCCACAGUCUAUAUCUGGUAUUCCAAUCCCCGUGGCGCCCAGAAAGAGAUUUGUUUAUGUGGUACAUUGUCCUGAUGGACCAGGCUUGGAGACUCCGUUUCUGAUCGACUAUUCAGGGGUUUAUUGCAGACGAGAGGGACUUGGAGGAAAUUACAUCACAGGAAUGUCACCAGAGGAAGCAGAAGAACCAGAUAUCAGUAACCUUGAUGUGGACCACGUGUUCUUUCAAGAGAAAGUCUGGCCUCGACUGGCCCACCGUUUACCAGCAUUUGAGAGUCUAAAGGUUUCAAGCGCGUGGGCUGGUUUUUACGACUACAACACCUUUGACCAGAACGGCAUUAUAGGACUGCAUCCUCUGGUGACCAACAUGUUCUUUGCCACAGGCUUCAGUGGUCACGGUCUACAGCAGUCCCCUGCAGUCGGCCGUGCCGUGGCAGAGCUGAUUGUGGACGGAUGUUUUAAGACCAUCGACCUCAGUGCCUUCGAUGUUAAACGGAUUCUGCUGCAGGAACCAAUACUGGAAAGAAACAUUGUGUGACGAGCAGAGAUACAGUCGAGAAUACCGUUAUGUUUCUGAAGGAUGAAAUGAUCAUGUCAUCGAUGUUGUUUUACAGAGACUUGCAUUAUGUACAAUAUAGGAUUAUAAUCAUUACUGUGAUUUCAUCAUACUUUGCAAAUGAGACAAAGUUAAAGGUCAGGGAAUUAAUUUACAUUAUUUGCUGCUAUUUUGUAAUGUUCAUAUAUAUAUAUAUAUAUAUAUAUAUAUAUAUAUACACAAUGGCAUUCAGUACAUAAAUCAAAGGAAACAAGGGGUUAAGGUUUUUAUUUGUAAAUUGUUGUAGAUAUUUACAUUGCAUGAUUGUUUUGGAAAUUAAUACAAAAGAUAAUCAUGAACUUGAACUGGACGAAAUGUAAUAUAUAUCUGUUAAAUCUAACAGAACACUAGAAUUUCCACUGUAUUUCAAAUAUAUAAAAGAUAGUAAUACUGCA